CGGGGCGUGCAUGAUUUCAAGUUUGUGUUUUAUUGGAUUGUCCAGCUGGUUGCUACUCGCUCUAUGCUCUUGCAUCAUCUGCUGCCGAUAAUCCCCCGGGCACUGGGCAUCGGGAGUGCGCGGAAGCAAAGGCGUUUUUGCGAAAUGGCCUGGAACAUGCUUUACAUUACAACGUCGUGGGCGAUCGGCUACAGUGUCUGGGAGGCGUCCCCGUACUAUAUGAAUACGGAGAACCUGUAUGCGAAUUACCCGGAUGAGCAUAUGCUUAUGCCCUAUGGGCUUAAGUGGUACUACCUGGUGCAGGCGGCUUUUUGGCUGUCAAACGUCUACACCAUUCAUGUGGAGGAGCGGCGCAAGGACCAUGUGGAGAUGAUGACCCACCAUAUGGCGACAAUCACACUUGUACUAAUGUCAUAUGCCUGCCAUUUCACGAGAUUCGGCCAUGUCUUCAUGCUGAUUAUGGAUUUCCCCGAUAUCUUCCUGACCUCGGCCAAGAUGUUCCGCUACUUGAAUCACGAGCUCAUACCCAACAUUCUCUUUGGCCUCUUCAGUAUCUCAUGGAUCGUCACUAAGCACUAUUUGUGCCUGAAAAUGAUGUUUUCUAUUUGGACCCAAGGUACAUAUUUGAUCCCCCAGGAGAAGCGAUUCCCGCAUUAUCCAAACUCCUACGCCUCUAUCACUAUUGGCUGUGUGUUUUGGGCUUUUCUGGGCCUUUUGCAGAUUAUCUUGAUCUAUUGGUUCGCUUUGAUCUUGAACGUGCUGCAGAAGGUGCUGCUCAAGGGAGGGGGGCCUAAAGAUACGAGGUCGGAUGAUGAGAGCGAA